AUGAAAAUUCAAUCCCGUUUAUGGCGCCGUAUCACUGUGCCAGGUCUUACGGUUUUUAAUGAUGAUGCUUGUUCGAUAAUGUUAAUAUCACAAGUUCCAUCUUCUGUUGAUUUGGAUAUAGAAAAUACUGUGACUGCAGUUGAAUUCGAUUGUAUUGUAUCUGAUGGUACUCGAGAUUUAAUAAAUACAACAAAAGAAGAAUUUUCUGGAAUGAAAGUUUUUAAUAUGAUGCAUCCACGUAUAGAACAUUCUUAUUUUAAAGUUACAAUCAAUGAUGAUAUAAAAUAUAUACAUAAACAGACUGCUUGGUGGUUAUUAACUGGUGAAAAAGUAAAAUGUCAAACGAUCGACUGCUUCGAGUUAUGGAGUCCAUCGGGUCUGGCUCCGGAUCCAGAUUAA